CAAACCUUCCUAAUGGAUGCAGGACGUGAUAGACCUGAACUGACCAGGAGCUAUGAGGGUUCAGACCUUGACAGAGGCUUUUUUACAGAUCAGAGUCUAUCUUUAUCAGCGGUUUCAGUCGAUGGGCUCUUGAGACCAAGCAAAGGCAUUGUGCUGGAAUAUUUAGAGACCAACUCUACAGCUACACCAUGUCUGAACUACUCUACAAGUGUUUUAUCACCUUUAGUUGCCCUCAGCAAGAAUAUUCUCUCUCCAGGCAACACCCUGGCCACAGGGCUAAGCAGUCCUGUUGAGGGCAAGUCAUCCACACCUUAUGAGAGGGUGAAAUUUCAAAAGCCCAAUGUGGCAGGCUCAUUAGACCUGUCUUGUGUCGACCUGACCACCACCCACCCCUUAUGGGAAGUCUCCUUUGUCAAGCCCAUAGUGGAGAGCCCAAAGUCAUGCUUUGAAUCCACCUGGAGUCCCAUUAACCCAUCAGCACCCCCUGAGUUAUCACUGAUCUGGUCAGGAACAUCACCUCGUCCUUCUGUUUCAGAGGAUCUCCAACGCUCAUGGAAAGAAACAAUCUGGCAGGGAUCUAGUCAAGUUUCUGCUAUUUCAGAGUUUAGAGAUGAAAAGCAGAGCUUAUCUCACUUGGCAAUUUGA